AUGGCUAUGCUAGUGGGGUUAGGCUCUUCGUUUUUCCACCAUGUGGGGUAUGUUGUUGAUGGGGUUGUGGCCAUAGGGGCUAUGUUUUUGGAAGCCUUUGUGGUGAGGAAAGGGGGUGGUUUGUUGGUUGUAGUGAGCUUGUGGCGUGUCAUUAGAGUUGUGGAGAGUGCCUUUGAGUUGAGUGAUGAGGCCAUUGAAGCUCAAAUUGCGGGUAUAGUUUGCCAAUUUGAGGCACUUAAAGAAGAAAAUACGAGGCUCUUGGAAGUAAUAUAUGAGAAGGACAAGAUGAUUGAAAUGCUCAAGGAAGAUUUAGAUAAGUGUAGAGAUUUUUUUUAA